AUGGCGAGGUCUAUGAUAGGGCACUUUUUUCCAGGACUAGGGUUCUUUCUCAUUGGGUUGUGGCACCUCUUUAAUCACAUCAAGCUCCAUGUCCAAAACCCCAAAUCCUUCACUAUCCACCCAUGGUUCCCCGCCUCAAAAAUAAGGUACUUGGAGCUCCUUCUCAUCAUGAUAGGGAGCUCCUACUACGUGUUCACUGAGCUCUUCCGGCACCAUCGCUUUGAUCCGGAUGGCACCAUCCCAUCUCCCUAUCUACGUAACUUUGAGCACGCCUCCAUCGCCAUAACCUUCAUCGUUUACACCUCUUUUUCCAUUGUCCUUGAUUUUGUUGCCGCUAAGGCUAAGUAUGGCCUGACUCAGCUCCUUGCUGCCGUAGCCCUCGGCCAGCAGUUACUCAUGUUUCGCCUUCACUCCACCGACCACGCCGGCCUGGAAGGACAAUACCAUUUGUUUCUGCAGAUGCUCACGCUUGUCUCCAUGGCAACUAGUCUCAUGGCAAUAGGCUUUCCCAAGAGCUUUAUACUUGGUUUUUCUAGGUCUCUUUGUAUACUUUUCCUUGGGGUUUGGCUGAUGGCCACAGGGGUUAUGCUUUGGACUCCAGGCUUUAUCCCUAAAGGGUGCUCUCUUUUAUGGGAUGAGGGUGGUCACCAGGAGGCUCGCUGCCAUGAUGAUGAGUCGCUCCAUCGUGCUAAAGCGCUGAUAAACAUAGAGUUCAGCUGGUAUCUUAUUGCUAUCAUGAUAUUUUCAGUGUCCUUUUACUUGUUUUUGGUUGACGCUUAUGGAAAAAAGGUCAAGAACUUGUCAUGGGAGAAGAAAGAAGAGAAAGGAGUGGAACAUCAUGAUGACGAUGAUGAUCUUGGGUUGUAG